AUGUCUUUGCGAAUGCUGGCAGCUAACCUGCUGGUAGCCUUUGGCCCAGCAUGGCUGCCCAGUGUUGCAGGCCAACAGGAUCCAUUGAGCCGUGUCAAGGAAGCAUGCCCCGACUAUGCUCAGUACGCUGCAUAUCCACAUCGGCCUCUGAGCACCGGACCCCUUGGCCUACCGUUCCAGCGCCCCGAUCCACGAUGCCGAACCUUCCACUCCGAUGAGAUCGAGAGGGUCAUUGACGAAGUCACCUCGCGCAUUCAGGACCGCGACCUGGCCCGACUGUUCGAGAAUGCCUUCCCUUCCACGACCGAUACGACUGUCAAAUUUCACACCGAUGGCAAGAGUACCGGAUUCUUCCGCUUCGGGGGACUGAAGAGCUUUGGGGAGGAUGGCGCGUGGAAGGGGCCUCAGUCGUUCAUCAUCACCGGAGACAUCAUCGCCGAAUGGCUGCGAGACUCUACCAAUCAACUACGGCCAUACCAGACAUUGGCUCAGAAGGACCCUGCAAUCUUCCAAUUACUUCUAGGGGCCAUCAAUACUCAGUCCGAGUAUGUGAUUGAGUCGCCGUACUGCAACGCUUUCCAACCUCCACCAAUUAGUAACCUACCUAUUGCUUCGAAUGGCCAGGACGACAAGGUCCAUCCCGCUUAUGAGCAGAAUUUUGUCUUUGAAUGCAAGUAUGAGCUUGACUCACUGGGCCAUUUCCUUGCGCUGGCCAAUGAUUUCUACGACCACACUGGGUCGACUGAUUUCGUCAACCAACGGUGGCUACUAGCCGUCAAGACGUUGCUCCAAGUUCUAGAGCAGCAGUCCCAGCCCGCAUUUGAUCCAAAAACGGGGAAAUACCUUAGGAACGAAUACACUUUCCAAAGAAACACGAACAUAGGGACAGAAACCCUAAGCCUACAGGGACUCGGCAACCCUUUGAACAGUGGGACGGGGCUUGUCCGCUCAGCCUUCAGGCCUAGCGAUGAUGCCACGAUUCUAGGGUUCUUCAUACCAGCCAAUGCCAUGAUGUCCGUUGAGCUCUCUCGUGCGUCCAAGGUGCUUAAGAAGGCGGGCAAGUCCGCCCUGAGCGCCGAGCUCGAGAAAUGGAGCACGCAGCUACGAGAUGGUGUUAUGGAACACGGCAUCGUCAAGCAUAAGAAAUACGGCGAUGUGUUUGCUUACGAGGUGGAUGGCUACGGCUCCUCCAUUAUGAUGGAUGAUGCCAACUACCCCUCUCUGCUUGCGCUGCCAGUUAUGGGCUUUUGCGACGCUGAUGAUCCAGUAUACCAGAACACAAGAAAGAUGAUCCUCGAGAAACAAGGCAACCCAUACUAUCUGGAGGGAAGGGACUUUAGAGGAAUUGGAGGCCCACACAUUGGGUUGAGAAACGCAUGGCCGAUGAGUCUUCUAAUCCAAGCACAAACGUCGGACGAUGACGAAGAGAUCAAGGACUGUCUUGAUUUGGUCUUGAACUCAGCGAAGCUUGGUCUUGUGCAUGAGAGUAUCGACGUAGACCGUGCAAGCCAAUACACCCGGAGUUGGUUUGCAUGGGCGAAUGGUGUUUUUGCUGUCACCAUCCUGGACUUGGCAAAGCGAAAGCCUCAUUUGAUAUUCGGCGAGGGUGCCAAACCAUACGAGCUAUUUCCAGAUUCCAGUGCUAUGACUGUUGAGCCCCUCCAUUCAAUCCACAUCAACAUCAACAUGGCCAAGCACGCAAUCAACUUCCUCCGCGGCUGGCCGUCCCCCUCACUCCUCCCCGCACAUCUGCUCGCCGGCGCCGCCCAGCGACUCCUGACCAACCCCACGGUCUUCGUGCCCGCUCUCCAGUACGGCCCGGACGAGGGCUACAGACCUCUGCGCGAGGGCCUGGCUGCCUGGCUCGGGAGGCACUACAGCGUGGAUCCCGACCCGGAGAGGAUAUGCAUCACCGGAGGGGCGAGCCAGAACGUCGCGAAUGUCCUGCAGAGCUACACGGACCCCGUGUUCACCAGGGCCGUGUGGCUCGUGGCGCCCGUCUUCCACCUCGCCUGUCCCAUCUUCGAGGAUUCGGGGUUCAGAGGCAGGUUGUAUGCGGCGCCGGAGGACGAGGACGGCAUUGAUGUUGAGGUUCUCGAGGCCAAGCUGAAAGCGUUCGAGGAAUUGGAGAACAAGAAGGGAGAUCAAGGCGAGCCGUACAAGAACCCCGGUCCGCUGAGGAAGCUGUACAGGCACGUCAUUUACGCCGUUCCGAGCUGCGGCAACCCAUCGGGCAAGACAAUGUCCCUCAAGAGGCGCGAGGGCCUCGUGCGGCUGGCCCGCAAGUACGACGCUCUCAUCAUCGCAGACGACGUCUACGAUUUCCUCCAGUGGCGCAUCCCCUCGGAGCCCGGUGUCUGGCCAGCCGAGAUGCCACCUGAGGCGUAUCUCCCCCGGUUAUCCGAUAUUGAUCAGGCGCUGGGGAUCCCGGAGGGCGGAUUCGGGAACGUCGUCAGUAACGGCUCAUUUAGCAAGAUCGCCGGUCCGGGUGUGCGCACAGGAUGGGCCGAGGGCACGAGGGCAUUCGCGUUCGGUCUGGCCCAGACGGCCAGUUCGAAGAGCGGCGGCGCCCCGAGCCAGCUGUGUGCCGCGAUGCUGAGCGAUUUGGUGCACAGCGGUGAGCUGCAGAAGCACAUUGACCAGGUGAUCCGGCCGAGCUUGCAGAGGAGGCACAAGCUGAUGCUGGAUACGCUCCGCCAACACCUUGUGCCGCUCGGUGCAGAGGUACGGCAUAGUAGUUUACUGGGCGCGGACAUCUACGGAGGCUAUUUUGUCUGGAUCGCCCAUAAUCUCGGUGUGUCGUCUGAUGUGAUCAGCAAAGCUGCGCAAGAGGAAGAGAACAUGAUUAUUGGAGGAGGCAACAUGUUUGCGGUCAAGGGGGACGACUCGGUCAGGUUCGAUAAUGAGAUACGGCUCACAUUUGCCUGGCUGGAAGAGCAUGACAUUGUCGACGGGGUGGAGAGGCUAGGCGCACUGCUUCAAAGGAUAAAGGCAAAUCCAGAGCAUUAUAGAGCUACGGGAGACAAGACAGCACAAGACCAGGGUCGUGUUGUAGAUUCUUUCAAGUAA